AGUGUCAGAACCCUGCUACUAGAGCCUGGAUGUGGCUCUGAGUUUCAGGGUCACUGACAUUGAUAAGACACCUGCGUCCCAGGACUCGGAGGAGAAACGGCUGAUGGACUUGGCGGGGAAUUUGCGCGGGGUUUUACUGAGCGGGAAGAGACUGUUCAAAUGAGGGGGAGGGUAUAUAAAGGAGGGUUGGCCGGAGCCUCCCAUUCUUGGCUUUUCUGAUGUUCAUGUUUCCUACAGUAAAAGUUCCUGGUGAUACCACAGAGAGUCUCGUGUGUUCAUUCAGGAGCGGCUGUGGUGAGCUGACACUAAGCCAAGAAUACGGACACCAUCCCGCUGUAGCGGUGAGGUGUAACAUGCAAGUGGAGGAUGAAGAGCUCUUGGGCGCCGGAGGAGGAAGGUCGGAAAGGGCAACUCCCGAGACGGACGCUGAGUUCCACCAGCUGGCGGCCCUGGCGUCAUCCACCGCUUAUGCCCAGCCAAAUGGGGUAACCCAGAGGCGCGGAGUGGUGCGGGGAGAUAGCACCGGAGGAGAGGAAGGUUCACCUUCCCCAGGCCCGCAAAAGAUGGUGUUUCUGGAGGAGAGGAUGUCGGCGAUGGAGACCACCCUGGCAGUGAUGUCGAGGGCGAUGGAGCGCCUGGCGGUUUUGGCGGAGCCGGAGCGAGGAAGGGAACUCCGGGCUAGCUCAAUGUGGGACGUGAGCAUGGGAAGCAGCCAGGGCUUUGCAGACCUCCCAGCACCGAAGGGAAGGGAAAUGCGAAAGGAGCCCGGUGCCCGGCCCAAGAUCCAAACGAGCCUGACGCGGGUGGAGGAGAGUGACGACGAAGGGGAAAAGCCUCCGAGAAUCCCGGCUACGCUCCCAACUGAGACCCUGGUGCCCCUGGCGAAUGCCGGGCGUGGCACAGGACAAAGGGAAGCAGCAGCGGGGCCCACUGGCCCGCAAGGGGGCUUGCGACGGGCGGAGAAUUGGGGAUUGCCACCACAGGGACCCCUACCGAGACGAGAGGAACUAAGGAUCGAGUUUGGGGGAGAGUCCUCUGAACUGGAUUUUUUCCUGACCACGGUGAGGGGCUAUAUGGAGGACAAUGCCCACACUUUUAGAACGGAAUCCAGCCGGGUACGGGCCAUUGGUGCAGUGUUGAAGAGGGGAGCGGCCAGCUGGUACGUUCAACUACACGCGCGGCGCGACCCAUGUCUGGGGUCACUCCGACGCUUUAUGGGGGCCCUGGAGACCCGUUUCCGAGAUCCACUGGAGCAGAUCCGGGCGAGGGAGGAGUUGAAGACCGUCUCCCAGGGGCAGAGGUCGGUAUCUGAGUAUGCGGAGGAGUUCCAAUGCCUCGCUGAAAAGGUGCCGGAAUGGUCUGCAGUGACAAAGAUAGAACUCUUCAAAGAGGGGCUCAGGUGGGAGAUCCUCUCCUGGGCGGUGCAUCGUGAUGAGCCUGACACACUGCGCGGAUGGAUUCAGCUGGCGGGGCGCAUCGAGACAUCGCUGGCCCAGGCGAGGAGGCACCGAGGAGGGCUACAGCAGCGGCCGCAGAUGAAAGAGGGGAGCCGGAAGGAGGGAUCAACCCCAGCCGGGAGGAGAACGGAGCCGACAGGGAACGUGAGCACCAGCAGGAGGGGCUGCUUCGUGUGCGGCCGUUUGGGCCACAGGGCUGCCGAGUGCUGGCAGAGAAAAGGGGAAGGCGGAGGCCCGCCCAAACCAAGAGCCGUGGCAGGGAAACGCGCCGAGGAAGAACCACCGAUGAGGCACCACUCGGGGGGGUUGGACGAAGGGGAGGAGGACGCCAUGUCAGAACCCUGCUACUAGAGCCUGGAUGUGGCUCUGAGUUUCAGGGUCACUGACAUUGAUAAGACACCUGCGUCCCAGGACUCGGAGGAGAAACGGCUGAUGGACUUGGCGGGGAAUUUGCGCGGGGUUUUACUGAGCGGGAAGAGACUGUUCAAAUGAGGGGGAGGGUAUAUAAAGGAGGGUUGGCCGGAGCCUCCCAUUCUUGGCUUUUCUGAUGUUCAUGUUUCCUACAGUAAAAGUUCCUGGUGAUACCACAGAGAGUCUCGUGUGUUCAUUCAGGAGCGGCUGUGGUGAGCUGACA